CAAAGCCCAGGUGGGGGCCCCCACAGCUCCUCCUUCCCCAGGAGGUGGGGGUGGAUGUCUCUGGAAGCUCAGCCCCACCUCAGACAUUUCAAAGACCCAGCCUGUGGAAGACAUAAAUAAGCAGAAAAAGCCAGCCUUGAAAGGGCAAACGCGGUCUAAAGUACCUCAAGUCAUCAAAAUCCUAGAAACAGAGAGUAGCGGAUGGUUACCAGGGGCUGGGGAGGAGGACUCUUAUUGACGGGGUCCAGCGCUUCAGGCUACGGGAUGGAAAAUUCUGGAGCUUUUUGCACCAUGUGACUCUACCUGCCACUGCUGAGCUGUGCACCUAAAAAUGGCUAAUAUGGCAAAUUCAAUGUUAAGCGUUGUAACCACUGGAAAAUAAAAUAAGGUCUUGGUGUUUAACUUCCUCCUGAAACAGAAAGCUUUUAAAGGCUUAUGGCUCCCCCAAAGGGUUUCGUUUUAUGAACCCUUCGAAAGCAUCAAAGUUCAAGUAUUUCAAAUGCGCAAUUGCCCUGGGAAGGAAAUCUUUAGCCUGGGAAGCAGCGCUGGUCCGAGGCCCCACGGGGUGACUCCGGAGGGGGAUUUCAGCGAGGGCCCCCCCAAGGCGGUGAGGAGCUGUUCGCAGAAGCUCUACAGCUGCUUCUGCUUCGGGCAGUGGGGGCGAGGAGAAACACUCAGGAAGACCCUGACCCGGCGAGGCUGGUCCCGCCCUGCUCUCCUCUCCCCUGCCGUCUCCUCCAGCCUCUUUGCGGCGCCCGUGGGCCUGAGGGGCUCCAGCAGCUGCUGCCGCCCAGCCGAGCGAUGGAGAGAUGGACGCGGGCGGAACGAAGAGGUCCUGAAAUUGGGACGGGCCCGGGAACAGGACCGAGGACCAGUGGAAGCCUGUGUCAGGACAGAGAGGCAGAGCAGGGGGGCUCCGUGUUGGAACUGAGGCUGCUUCUCUUAGGGAAACGUGGCUCAGGGAAAAGUGCCACAGGAAACACUAUUCUGGGCAAAUAUGUGUUUAACUCAAAAUUCAGUGAUCAGAUGGUGACUAAAACGUGCCAGAGGGAGAGGGGGGCCACGCAGGGGAGGGAGGUUGUGGUCAUCGACACCCCUGACCUUUUCUCCUCAAUGGCUUGUGACAAUGACAAGCAACGCAACAUUGAGCGCUGCUUGGAGCUCUCCGCUCCCAGCCUCCACGCCCUGCUUCUGGUAAUUCCCAUCGGCCAUUGUAAGGUGGAGGACAGAAAGACAGUCCAGGGCAUCCAGGAGGUGUUUGGACCCGAAGCCCGGAGGCACGUCAUUAUCGUCUUCACUCGGAAGGACGAUUUGGAGGAUGACUUGCUGAAAAAUUACAUUGAGAAUGACACGUCUCUUAGAGAGAUGGUUCAACACUUUGGUGGCCGAUACUGUGCCUUCAACAACAAGGCACGUGAGGGUGAGUGCGAUGCCCAGGUGAAGGGGCUCCUCUGCAAAGUCAAGUGUUUGGUGGAUGAGAACCAAGGACCCUACUACGUGACCUUGAGAAACGAAGGCAGUGGAUUCCAGGAUUGUGUGAAUGACGCUACAGCUCAGAAGGAGGACCAUCCACCUGGGCCAGGGGAGGAGCAGCAGAGGGCCGCAGGAUGGGAGCAGAACCCUGGGCCGUGGGCCCUGAAGGUCCUGCUCGUGGGGAAGCGCGGUGUUGGAAAAAGCACAGCCGGAAACAGCCUUCUGGGGAGGUGGGUCUUUGAGACCCGCUAUAGUGAAGAGUCAGUGACCCAGACGUUUAAGUCUGAGAGCAGAAUCUGGCGAGGGAGGAAAGUCUGUGUUAUUGAUACCCCAGACUUCUCAUCUCCAAAGGCCAUUGCGCGAGACCUGUUGAGCAACACCUUUCCAGGUCCCCAUGUCUUCCUGCUGGUGAUCCCCCUGGGCUCUUUCAAUGAGAAAGAUGAGGCCGUGCUGAACACCCUCCGAAGAAUGUUUGGAAACAAAUUCAUACACCACGUGAUCAUUCUCCUCACCAGGAAAGAAGAUCUAGGGAAUCAGGAUUUAGAGACAUACUUAAAAAUCAGGGCUAAAACCCUCUACCAGUACAUCCAGGACUGUAAAAACCGAUACAGCAUCUUCAACUACAAAGCAACAGGGGAAGAGCAGCAACGGCAGGUGGACGGGAUCCUGCAAGACAUUGUGAGCCUGGUGCAGCAGAAUGGGGACCGGCCUUGCACCUUCACAGGGAAAGAGUCCCUGUGCAUUAUCCUCACGGGAAGGAGUGGGACGGGGAAGAGCGCCAGCGGGAACACCAUCCUCGGGAGGCAGGAGUUCCGGUCUCAGCUGAGAGCGCAGCCCGUCACCAAGACGUGCCAGAAGGGCAAGACCACGUGGGAGGGGCAGGACGUCGAGGUCGUGGACACGCCCUCCUUCUGCCUGGCCUCGGGGGCUGAGGGAGGGCCAGCCCAGCAAGCGGAGGAGGUCAAAAGAUGUAAGGCCUACUAUAAGGAAGGGAGUACGGUCCUGGUCCUGGUUUUGCAGCUGGGGCGGAUCACUCAAGAGGACAGAAAGGCCGUGGCGGGGCUCGAGGCCAUCUUUGGAGCAGAAGCUAUGCAAUGCCUGAUGGUGCUCUUCACCCGGAGAGAGGACCUCGGGGCUGAGGAGCUCGAAGAUUAUGUCAAAAACACAGAGAACAAGUAUCUCCGGAACAUAAUGGAAAAAUGUAAGGGGGAAUAUUGCGCUUUUAAUAACAAGGAAACUGGCCAGGCCAGGGAAGAACAGGCGAGAGUCCUUUUGACAAAGGCCAGUAAACUCAUCAAGUGCCAUGGAGGGUACAAAUAUCCUCCUGUGUGGGAGACUGUAGGCAAUGCAUUUAAAAUGCUUCGUGGAAAGUAUUUCAGCCCCACAAACUACUGAAUAAUUUAAAAGAUGAGUUACGAUAGGAAGUGGAAAUACCUGGGGUCUCUUGAAGUUAAAGAUACGCUCAGGCUGCAGGCGUGGGGGGGCGUGGGAGGACUGCUGGACUAGGAAGACGGUCCAUGACUUUGGGGACUUGAGAGAUCCACGCAUUUCACCUUAUGAUGUUUCAGCACUUGGGAGGUAAAGAAAUGAUCAGGCUGGGGCCGGUAGCAGGAGCUGAUAAAGGAGAAAGAAAAAAUAAGGUGGGGAAAUCUGGAAAAAAGCUUCUGAGAUUAGGCUGGUAUUAAGUUUCAGAGCCAAGUCACAAGAGUCACCUCACCUGUGUAGGUAGAGUGAAAUCGGGAGAGACACUGGGACCAAGGACAAGGCCAACCUAGUGUCAGAAUACAGAUAAUCACACAAGAACCAGGGGAUUCAAACGCAUGAGAGUAGGACAGUGUCCUGAGCAUGGUAGAGAUGAGACACUGGACUCAUGUGGGCUCUCUGUUGCCCAGCCCUGCUUGCCCGAUGCCCUGAGCGCCCCCACCCCAACCCCAUCGCCACUGGGACAGGACUCAGGACUUUCCUUUCCUCACAUGGUAGCCAGUCCUUCUUUCCUCGUACCAAGCUUGAGUGGAAAGGCGGGCCCAGUCUGCCCUCCUUUGCUGUCCCUGCAGGGAGUUGGGGAAGUUUCAAAAGACUUUAUUGCUAAUCAUUCACAGUGAAAUAGACUAGAACCAUAAUGAGAAGCAUGGUAAAAUUGCCAAGAUUGGACGGUCUUGAAAAGUUUAAAAUUCUAAGUAAAAUUCUAGAUUUCCUCUAGAAAAGGUUAUUGAAAACUUCUCUCUGGCUUAGGAAUAGGUUAAGGCUGAAAGAACUUGAAUAAUAAUGGCUUAAACACAUUAGGGGUUUACUGUGUCUCACGUUAAGAAGUCCAGGAGUAGGCAGUCUGGGACCAGUGUAGCACUGACCUUCCUGCUUCUUUCUGCCUUUCUGCCCCCACUCAUCAGUGUGCAGCCUCUGCACUUAAAGAUGUUUCUUGAUUCCGAGAUGGUGAUGUCCUAGUCACGGCUGAGCAGGUUACAUGGAGAGCUACCUCCUGCCGGUGAUACACAAGAUGAGAACUCUAGAAUUUUCUCCCAGCUGGAUGUCAGAUUUUUUUGUCUUUUUUGUCUUUUCUAGGGCCACGCCCAUGGCACACGGAGGUUCCCAGGGUAGGGGAUCUAAUCAGAGCUGUAGCUGCUGGCCUACGCCAGAGCCACAGCAACGUGGGAUCCGAGCUGCAUCUGCAACCUACACCACAGCUCAUGGCAACACCCGAUCCAGGGAUCAAACCUGCAACCUCAGUUCCUAGUAGGAUUCGUUAACCACUGAGCCACAACAGGAUGCCCCUCCCCUUUUUAAAAGAUGUUUUCAAUAUUAACCAUUUUAUACAUGCUUUGAGGACAUGAACUGUGUCAUCUGCUUUUUAAAAAUUUCCAAGUGUCAGGUUACCCUGACAUUAACCCAUUUAUAAGAGCAGGGACUCUCACCAUUCCUUUGUAUUCUACGUAGCCUUCAUAUGACAAAUCCUGGAAAAUGUGUGUAAAUAUAGUCAGUCGAAUGAAAUAAUAAAGAUGCAUUCUAUUGUAAG